AUGGGAGCACUAGCAAAACUCUUAUCUUACCCUGACAAAAUUCUCGCAGUUUUUUUCCUCGAAGCGCUGCCCGAGAUUCUCCGGUUACUCGUACUAGCCAUCUGCGUCGUGUGGAAAUACUACAAACUUAUCAAUACGAACUACAAGUACAAAUCGAGGAUGAAAAAGAAAACCUCAAAAUUUACGACGAGGGCGAAUUCGUCAUUAGGCGAAUGCGCGAUUUGUUUGUCGGAGUUUGAAGAAGGAGAAGAAGGAAUGGAAGUUGUGGAGUGCAAGCAUGCAUUCCACAAGCAUUGCCUUGAGAAAUGGAUUCAAGGGUAUAAGGCCACGUGUCCAUUGUGCAGAAGUUUGGUGGUACCUGAGGUGAUCUUAGCAGAGUAUCAGAGGAUGCAAGUUGAGAGAGAAGAUAGUUGGAUUGAGAAGGAGAUGGCUCUUAUUUUGUUGAAUGCUUUGGAUGGUAGGAGUUGUAAUGGAUACUUUUAA